AUGCAAACUAAGCAGGAGUCACUAACCCAAAUGUACUCGACAUCGGAGGCUGAGUACAUAGAGUCACGAGUCCGCCUCUACAACGCGAGGAGCACCCUCGCACCACGCCCUGGCAACGGUGGAGCAGGCCCCGGGUGCGCUACAUCGAAUUGUGGACCCCGCCUGCCCCGAAUUCGUAUUUCCGCCUUCUCCGGGAAAAGAGAAGACUGGGAGAGCUUCCGGGAUCUUUUUCAAGCGCUAGUGCAUAACGAUCAACAGCUCACCGAUGUCGAGCGACUGUUUUACUUGAAGUCUCUCGUGGAGGGUGAUGCCAAAACAGCCCACGACGCGAUCCAGAUCGUUGGCGCCAGCUACUCGACCCCUUGGGCCGCACUCGAGGUACGAUUUGAACACCGCCGUCUUCUAGUACACGAUCAUCUAACGGUGCUACGCAACAUCAGGCCUUUAUGGGACGAGUCAGCCAAAGGUCUGCGGAGCCUCCUUGAUACGCUAGGUCGCCACCAGGACCAGUUGCAAGCUUUGGGCCAUCCUGUCCUCCAGUGGAAUAACUAG